AUGCUCCAACCUGGAAUGCCCGCACCGGAGUUCAAGGGCACGGCUGUUGUAAAUGGUGAAUUCAAGGAGAUUUCGCUAUCUGACUACAAGAAGAAAUACGUCAUCUUAUUCUUCUACCCACUGGAUUUGUAAGUAUUCCGUUUCUACAUAGUUUUACACGCAACCAUUGUCAUCCUUUUUUUCCUCCACGACCGCUGGUUCCCGCGAAUUGCAUUAGUCAGCACAAAAGUUCUUAUGGGAAUGUUUGAUGCUUGUUACAGUCUGUGUCCUCCGAAAGUUCAUGCAGCUUGCUUUGGUGCCUAUCUUCCGCAACCUGCCACGUCCGUCGCACAAACGUCCAUAGGAUACUAGAAAUGUGCUUUCGUGAAACUGUUCGAUGCUAGCUAGGACAGGAGGCUAAGUACUUCAUGCUCUAUGGCACUUCUAACCGUGUGUUAAUUCCCUGUCCUGCUGCAUGGCACAUGCUACGAUUGAUCUUUAUCCGCUGAUUCGAACUAUUGUUUUCUCUAAGCACCUUCGUCUGCCCCACGGAGAUAAUCGCGUUCAGCGAUCGUGCUGAUGAAUUCAGGAGGAAGGGUUGCGAACUGAUCGCUUGCUCCACCGACUCCCACUUCAGCCACUUGGCUUGGACUAAAACCAGUCGCAAAGAGGGUGGUAUCGAAGGCAUGAACAUUCCCAUCCUCGCCGACAAGACAAUGUCUAUCUCGAGGAGCUACGGUGUCCUCUGCGAGUCAUCAGGAGUCGCCUUUAGGUGAGAUUUCCUUUUAUUUCACUCAUUUAUAACAGGGGCCUCUUUAUAAUUGACGGCAAAGGAAUCCUGAGGCAGAUCACCAUCAACGAUCUCCCGGUUGGUCGUUCAGUUGACGAAACCUUGAGAUUGCUCGAGGCUUUCCAGUUUACCGACGAACAUGGCGAGGUCUGUCCAGCUAACUGGCGUCCAGGCACGAAAACAAUCAAACCGACAACUGAUGGAUCGAAAGCUUUCUUUGCCGCCGCUGGCGACCGUUAAUUGAAUUUUGUGGCUUUCUAACAAUACAUUUACCUGGAGUCAUUGUCCUUCGAACAAAUACGUUCCUCUCCAUUGACUCGACUCACUGGUCUUGUAUAAUUCGCAUCGUUGCGCGACGCAAGGGGUCUGUGACGCUGGUGAAGAUGAUCGCAAAGGUCAGUACAGUUGGUUCAGAUCAUCUCGGUCAGAUAGCACGUCGCUAGCCUUGUCCGGCUUUGGCCCCUCUCACGGGUAGCUUCUCAGUUUGCUUUCCGAGGGAAGCUUUUUGGGCCGUAAUUACUGUAGGACGCCCCAUAACGCACUCGGUCCGCCUUCUCAGGAUUAGUUAGGCCAGCACUUGAAGAAUCUUGUCUUGUUUGGGAACGGUGUCUAGAGCCCAGCGCAAGGUGCAGCGUGCAAGCAACACAAAGGACUGAAGGUCGCCAAAAAGAUGGCCGUGUGCCUCGGGUGAAGAGGGGCGGAGGUUUGAGCCCUCGGGAGACCCAACACUGACGCAGGCCGCGAGCCCCGAGAUAAGGUGACGUCUGCUGGGGGCGUCGCGUGGGGUAGUGCCGCGCACCGCCCCUGGCAUAACACAUGCUUCAUGGCGGGCGCGUCGUUUUGGGCGGCCACAGCCGCUGCAGGUCGAACACAAGAGAGGGCAGACUGAAUAGGUCGUCCUUGUCCUGUUUGGUGCCCGUGGCGAGCUAUUCCUGAUCCAGGCGGGCAGGCCCGAACGUCGCGACCGGAUGUCUGGAUUAGGCUCUCCAAUCCUUUCAACCACAGGUCGAAGCUCGAUGUUCGUAAGUUGCGACAGCCCGUACGCGUGUGGCAGUGGUCCCUGGUGGCAGUUCCGUGUCAGACCUUAGCGCUGCUUUCGUAUUGCCGCUCAAAGUAUCAUUUCUGAUGACAAUGAUUAACCGCUUGAGCACCUGACUCACCCCGCUGUGUGGUUGCUAACGCAGUUAGGACUGUCGGCUGUGCUAGGCUCUUCGACUUGCGUCGGCCGCGAGGUCCGUCCUCGCCGUCAAUCUGCGCUCCAGUCCUGCAGAUAUCUUGACGAAGCGGGAGGACGAGUGACGUGCUACCCCAGUUUGCUGAUGGGUCUAGCAUGUGGUUUCCCACCUCCAGGUGGCAGUCCGCUGAGCUGCAUCAGUUGUUCUCGCUCACAGACUCAGCUAAGAAUGCGGGGCUUUCUCUUAGCGGGUAUUUCGGACCAAGCUUAUCGUUACCAGGCCCCAUGGGGAACCAGGUGCUAAGGGCAGGGUUAGACUGGGAGGGGCAGGUGGGCUGUCUAAAGGACAGGCUAUCCACCAGCGGGCAAAAUCACCAGGGUCUCGAUUCGCCACAGUCAUGAGGAUUUUACUACGGGAUACCGCAUUUAUGGGUGAUCGACGAGAUACGGGAUUCUGACAACAACCGACAAAUCCUCUUCUGCGUAAAGACCGCGAUCAAUAUGAGGUCGCGACAGCCGUAUAACAGGUUACCGGGACUGGGCCCAUCCAAAAAUUGCGGGAAUUGGUCCAGAUGAGAGGAGCAGUUGCAAGGUAUGUACUAUCCGAAGGUCUCGCGUACCCAGGGCAUGGGAGAUAUGCCGCACUAUAUACAUUAGGCCACAGGGGUGGGCAAUUGACCAGGAUGUAGCGCAACGUUCAGCGAGAAGACGGGCCACAAUCUGCACAACUGGAAAAUGAAGGUACCUUUGGUCUGAAUUUCUGCCGGCAAUUCAGCGCGAGGCUGAGGCCGAAGUAUCCUGACUGCCUGAUUGGUGAGGACUCUGCACAUAGUGUUGCAUGCCUUUAGAUGGGUCAACAGAACGGCUGGAGCAACAACAUCGGCCUUGCAGCGUUUGUAGAAUGUAGUCUUAUCUGGGAACGGCGCCUCCACUUUAGCGUGGGGUGUUGUUAAGUCGCAACAUGGCAGUAACAAACGAAAGGCUGGAGGCCGCCGCGCAUGCUGCAGGAUGAUAUUUCAGCGGUCCCAGAGUAAUGACUUCGGGUGGCAAGGAUAAGGCGCACAGACACUUGGUCAUAACUACAUGGCGGCCGCCUACAUAUGCUUUUUAAGCACCAAUAGACUGCAUUGUACUCAGGAAGUGGCAUUGGUUUACACUUAGUCGCUCUAUUUCAUCUAUGGUGCGUGAAGUGGACUGUAGUCAAAGGAACCUGGGCAAUGCUGACCUCACUAUUGCUUCUCACAAACAGCUUAUCCUAGUGUAAAAACAGGAACAAUACGGCUGGAGAUGAAUUUGAACAUAUGACCUGGUCAGUCAUAAAGUCCUCGUCAUGUUUCCCACAUGUGCUAAUCCCUCAAAUCUCGCAGUAGAUUUCGAUCACUCGGGUGGCACAUCGGUGAGGGUUAUCGUAAGGUCAGAGUAAGAGGAAACUAUUAAAACUUGACCAUCAUUUCUGAGAAGCGAGUUAUAUUAAGGGUCAGCAACCUUUUCAGGCACGAAUUUUGAGGUCGUAGCAAAUCAAAUAAAUGUCACUUGGACUAUUGUGAGGAAGGGUCGUGCAGGCUCCGCCCCAAUCUCACCUACCGCAUGACAAUAGUAAUACUGAGACAAGUCGUCCGACGAUGGGACUGGGUGCCGAAACUGAAGUGUUAUAAGACACCUUUGCCAUGUUCGGUUAGGUCUCGUCUUGGUCCGGCAGAAAGCCAGUAUCCGGUCUGAGGUUUAGUUUGCGCAUGUGGUCAGCACCCGGCAAGCGCGCUUUUUGAUCAGACGACCUUUUUGAUGUCCUCGGCCCGUCUUCUUCCUUCCUCUAAUCAUUCCUCUGUGGCAGCACUGAGACAGGUCGUCCGACAGUGCACCACACCAGCGACACCUGCAUAAACUCGGCCGAACGGGCAUUAAGGGUAAUCUCCUGAGGUAGAUUCGAAGCUUCUUCAUCGGCCGCUCUCAAGCUACCCAUGUCGGUGGCAGGCAGUCGGCGGAGACAGGGGUUGAAAACGGUGUUCCUCGUGGCUCCGUUCUUCGUCCUACCCUGUUUAUUAUAUGCGCCAACGACUGAGCAAUCAACUGCAUUGGGAUGUCGCCAUGUUAAUGUCAAGCUUUGUGGCAUCAUCCAAACUGAAUUCAACGAAGAGCAUUUGCAGGCAAACCUGAACCGACUGGAGGAAUUGUCGCAGGACUGACUUUUGCCAUUUAGUGCGCCUAAAUGCAACAUUCUGCGUGUCGGCGGAACCCAAUCUCCGAAACACGUGGUUUAUUACUUCAAUGGCAUACCAUUACAGAAAGUAGCCGCUCAGAAGGACGCCGGUGUGUGGACCAUAACCUCGCUUAGACCAUCGCUGAGCUGCCCAAAGGUAGCCAAGUCCACGAUAUCCGCCCUGUUCUUUGUCUAGCAGGCUUUCUUUGCAUUCGAUGAAUACUGCUUCGCUAAAGUCUUAUGAAAGUUUGUGCGGUCACAGUUGGAGCUCGCUAUUCAAGCGGAGAAACCCUGGACCGAUAAAAACCUUGACCACCCAAAAAAGCUUCAAAGGCGUGCAACUAAACUCGCUAGUGAGCAGUGCUCACUACCCUACAAAACACGAUUAUCUUAUUAUGACAGAUGGGCGCCCACCGAUCAGGGUUAACGAACAUGCUCGUUCCGUUGUGCCUUGGGGCUCAUACUUAAAUCCUCACAGGCAGUCGCACAGCGACUAGGGAUGUAUGUUGAUAAGGUGAUACCGACAAAGACAAGGGAGACCGGAAUGGCCAUUUCUGGCUUAUUAGCCGUCAUCAGCCAGUCAUACCCAACCCCAAGUGUGGAUCACUUGAGAUUCGAACCCGGGAUCUUUGGUCAUGCAGUUUGAGGCUCUACCACUGAGCCACGGGCCCGUUGUCCUGUCGGUUGUGGUCGGGAAUAUCAAUUAUGACAGAUGGGCGCUUGCCGGUCAGGUUACGGAACAUGCUCGUCCCAUUGUGCCUUGGAGUUCAUAUUAGAAUCCUCGCAGGCAGUAGCACAGCGACUAUUAGUAGACUGACUGAUGACGGCUAAUAAGCCAGAAAUGGCCAUUCCGGUCUCCCUUGUCUUUGUUGGUACUAUCUCAUUACAAUUAUCUAAUCUCGACCUCCUUCCUCUGAGCUUAAGACAACUAAAAGGCGACCUAAUAUAAACAUUCCGCACCAUGCGCGAUCAGGACUGCUGUCCUGUACCUACUGAAUUCCUUGAAUUGUGCAGUUUUGUACCAUACUGACAGCACAGGUGCUAGCUAAGUGCUUUUAGCUAGUACCUGUGUUGUCAGUAUGGUAAAUAAUUACACUGUUUUAUAUUACCGGUUGCUUGUUGGCGCAUUGUGAAUACUACGCGGUUAUUCCACAGGAGCUGAUGGUUUCAGCUCAAAUAAUUAUAUCGAAUUUCGGACAGUGCCUGAAAAGGUCUGUCCCGAAAGGUUUAUUCCAAAUUCGCGCAUCAAUUUCCUCGAAAAUUAAGCAAGAUAAGACUUCUUCGAGCAAGCAACCCCAACGAACCCGCGAGGCCGUCCACUCAAACUACGUGUGACUAGUGCCAGACUAGACACAUUGAAGUUCUUGAUCUUCAACAGAGCGAUUGAAGCUUGGAAUGAUCUGUCUGCAGAAGUCGUUGUGCGCACAUUCGUUGAGGUUUUUAAGAGUAAGCUGGAUCAGUGUACCACUGCGCAUCAUAAUGCCACCCGGACAGUAUCGUCCUGACGUUUUGAGCUGACAACCAAUUACCGCCAUAAUAUUGCUGUCUAAAUGUCAGUAACGUCUACUUCUGAAGUUUAUUCUUGCUCUAAACACUUACACGCACUUAAUGGCAUUCACUUUGGUGUCUGUUGAGACCGUACGACGUUCUCUCUAGCACAAUUAUGUACAGACAGACUACUGACAAGAAGACGAACGCGCGAUCACUGUACAUGUAUUGGUCUGAGUCUUCGGUCUCGUACAGGAGGCUAUUAUCAUACACUGAGAGUGCGGUGUCAAAUGGGCAGUUUUGCAGUCAAACAUGGAAGGGGAGUCGGAGUGGAGGGGAUGUCGCUCAUGGUAAGGCUGAUUCAACGCCGUCUCACGGCCACCCUUGGCUGGGAACUAGGUCGCCCCUCUUGGCCGCGAGAACGGAGGUGGUAUCAAACAUCCAGGCCUUCAGCAGUUCUCGCCCUGGCUUAUUGCUGGUUCGCGCCAUUAUUCGCGUGCCCGCGAAGUUGAAUUCGUGGCUAUCCUCUAGAGUGUGAGCAGCGACCUGAGACAGCGGGUCGCCUCUCUGGACUGCGCGUUUGUGCUCCGUUAUUCGCGAGCUAAGCCAUCGUCCUGUCUGUCCAGUAUAAUGGCGAGGACAGUCACGGCAUGGGAUCUGAUAAACGACACCAGAUUGUGCUCCUGCGUCUAUUCGGUCCUUCAUUUGUAUGAUUUUGGUGUAUAUCGUGGCCGUCGAUGAGCGAUACACACGCCGAGAUCUGCAGCGAUACGUUCCGUGGCUUCUGACACGUUCUUUAUAUACGGUAGAGGGUGCCAGAGUGUUGGUGGCUCUCCUCCGUUUGUUCCAUGCUGGAGCGUACGGAGGCAGCGGUUGACGAAGCUGGCUGGGUAUCCAUUCCUUGCCAGUUGGUCCUGAUGAUGUUGUAGUUCUCGUACUCGUCCCUCCGGCUCACUGAAAUGCGUUUUCCCCUUUGGAAGAGUGUCCUAGCAAAGCCGCAUUUAUGCACCAUCGGUUGGUUGUUAUGGUAGUUGGGAACCUGAGUCGUGUUAGUUGUCUUUCUAUACAUCGCGGUGCUGAAUUCUCCAUUAGGUCAGCUUGUGACGAGGGAGUCAAGAAAAGGCAACUAUUCGGUAUGUUCUUGUUCCCCUGUGAACUGAAUGUCAACCAUUUACUGCAACUCUUUGCCUUAAACCAACAAACCUUUCUCAUCUUCAAUGGCAGAACACACAAGCAAAUUAAAGGAACGCCGAUAGGUUUGCCAAUAUCCUGCCUGGCUGUGAAAAUGGUCGUACAGGAGCUGGAAAAGUCGUCUUCAAGCACUACGAACCUGCGUCUUAGCGCCAGUACGUAGACGACACGUCCGUUAUAAUUGGAAGGAGCAGACUAGCAGACUUUUAAGAACUGCUUAACGACAUCCUUCCCGAUAUUCAUUUGACGCCGCAUUCUCACAGUCUCUGAUGAUGGCCUUCUGUACGAGACCGAAGGAUCAAACUAAAACCUCUACUAUCCCAGUAAUCGCGCGUUCAUCUUCUUUGCAGCAGGAACCUGGGACCCACAUAUUCGCUUCCAUGUGUGAGGCAGAGUACUGUACAGCGCAUUUAGUAGCUCCAGUUUUGAACAUUGAAUAAUUCGCUUAUCUGUAGUUUCGAUAGUUCUUAUGUACCUGUUUAAUGUUUCCGUUGCUUGUAACAAAUGGGGAGCUCAAAAGCGUAACACCUAAAUCUCCCUUAAAUAAACUGAACUGAAGAGGGGCGCUGCAGUGGAAGUUUUAUGAGACACUCUUGGUCAGCGUAAAGUCGGCAUCCGGCUUGGGGAUACAGUCGGUGCCAAGCUCGCACUUUAAUUAGGUUGUCUGAGAGCCCAGUUUUGUUAAAGUACUUUUUUUUUUUUUAGCUACAACGCCAUCCUUGGCUGUUGUAAUCCUUAACAUCCUUGGGGUUAGGUGCGGCCCGUUCUCUAAUUAUUCGUGUAUUUGUUUGUGAAUUACUGUGGAUAAAAUCUACUCCAAACGCCGAAAUCAAAAAACAGCUCGAUAUUCCAUAGGAGAGUCUGAGGGAGGUCAGUUGUCACAAUGAGAGAUCGGCGAUGCAGCAUUUAAAAAUGUAGAUUCAAACAGGCGAGCUCCUGUGCAGGCAUGGCGGCACAUGGUUCACAUUAUUACCGGUUGCUUAUUGACGGACUAUCAGCCGAAAACGAUCGUGUUCCAUGCUGACUGCCGGCUAUUGAUCGCUCUUCAUCGUGCUACCCUCUUCAGCUCCAUCUUUCCUGUCGUGGUGAUGGACGCCUACCGUAAUGAGCGCCCCAAGAUCCGCGUCACCUACAGGACUGAGGGCCAUCUUCUCAGCAGCCCGCGCAUGCAGACCUCAACGCGUCCCUCUAUGAUUACUAUCCACGAUCUGCUCUUUGCUAACGACUGCGCACUCAACACCAUGACAGAAGCUGGCAUGCAACGGGGCAUGGAACUCUUUACCUCUGGAUGUGUCAACUUCGGGCUGGUUAUCAACACGGGCAGAACAGUGAUCAGGCACCAGUCUCCACCCAACGCUGUAUACAGUCUUCGUCGCAUCCACAUCAACGAUACCCACCUGAAGACCAUGGACAACUUCGCCUACUUGAGUAGCACACUCUCACGCUGCAUCGAAAUCGACGACGAAGUGGCUCACUGGAUCUAUAAAGCCAGUCAAGGCUUCGGCUGGUUACAGAACUCCCUAUAG